CCGCCCACCGGAGCGAGGACAAAAACAAUCGGCAUCCCUCAGUACAAAAACAGGAGGACCUAAAGCGAAUUUGGGUAUAUAUAUACUUUUUUUGUUUUUUUUUUUACCGACACGGACUCCACAGGAGGAGAAAUGGUUUCUCCGGUAACGGUGGUCAAGAGUGAAGGCCCGAAACUGGUGCCAUUCUUCAAGGCAACCUGUGUAUACUUUGUCCUGUGGCUGCCCACUUCAAGCCCAUCCUGGUUCAGCGCACUGAUCAAAUGUCUGCCCAUCUUCUGCCUGUGGGUGUUUUUACUGGCACAUGGCUUCAGCUUCUUAGGUGCUCACUCCAGUGCCCGCAAGAUCUUGGCUGGCCUCAUCUUUUCUGCUCUGGGUGAUGCCUUUCUCAUCUGGCAGGAGCAGGGCUACUUUGUCCACGGCCUUCUGAUGUUUGCCAUCAGCCACAUCCUCUACUCGUCUGCUUUUGGGAUGAAGCCACUUAACGUGUCUGCUGGCCUGAUUAUCACUGCCGUGUCCUCUCUGAGCUACAUGCUGCUGUACCCCUACCUGUCCGGCCCCUUCACCUACCUGGUGGCCGUCUACAUCGGCCUGAUCGGCUUCAUGGGCUGGAGGGCCGUCGCGGGUCUGCAGCUGGCCAACGACCUGUGGACCUGGACCAAGCUGUCCGCCUGCCUGGGCGCUGUGCUCUUCAUGGUCUCCGACCUCACCAUCGCCGUCAACAAGUUCUGCUUCCCCGUGCCCCAUUCGCGUGCCAUCAUCAUGGCCACCUACUACGCCGCCCAGAUGCUGAUUGCGCUGUCGGCCGUUGAGUGCCAGGACGCGGAGGUGGCCAGGAAGAGAACAUGAGGUACAGCAAUGUCUGCAGCAAAGGUGGCAGCCACUACCCCACCCCCUCCGGCCCUGAGUGAUCAUGGACAUAUCUCACUGCCAGAUCCCCAAACCCUCAACCCUCAUCUCUGUGUGGCGUUCCCACACAGCUGUUACCAUGACGACCAUGUUGCCACGGUCCACUACCGUCUUCCCAUGGCUAUCACCCUACUACCCCACAAGUUUGGUAGUCACACACCUGUCUUCUUACCAUGAAGAAAUGGUAGUAUUAUCUUCAGCCUCUCCUGACAACAGUCUUACCUGCCUCCUCUGAUCCUAGAAUGGCUGUCUCUCAACCUAGUUACAAUGGAGACAAGUGUAGUAAUAUUAACCUGCUAUAUAUAGAGUGUUACUUUACUUUUAACUGCUAUGUUUAAUUUAAGGGAAGCAUGUCACUGGGGACCUUCAAGAAGUGUGUGUGUGGGAGAGUGAUUGUGUGUGUGUGCGUGUGUGUGCGUGUGCAUUUAUGUGUGUUUGAUUAACACUCUUACCUCGCUUUUCACACAGUUUCAUCACACACAGUCACCACACUGACUCCCACCACACACGUCUACUUUAUGUGGUCCAAUGAUACACUUUAACAUCUGAUUUUUGUCACCUGUUUUGUAUGCCUGAGACCAUGUUAAAAAUCGAGAUUUUCAGUCUCUGUUGCUGUGUGUUCCCCUGAAUUAAGGGUGCUAUUCUUAAAGUCAGGAGCAUAUCCGCACCUGUUUUAUUAUCUGCAGUCCCUUACAUUUCAUUCACAACAACCACACUGCCUCUGUUCACUCCACUUUUUAACAUCCCCAACUAAUUCACACCCAGUUCUGCAGAUGAAUGAAUUAGGAUGUCCUUGAUUAAAUAGAUAUACAGAGAAAUAAUGACACAGAUGGGAACAAAAAAUAAGGCAAUGAGGUGGAAAGGCAAGGAGGGAAAAGUUGCGUGACUGCAACAACCUCUGUGUAUUGUAGUUUUACUGAUUGAAAAGACUUAUGUUAGGAGAGCUGGAGGUUGUUUGUAGAAGCUCGAUUCUUCCUGCUGAGAUGUUAUUGACACUGUCCUGCUGUCACAAAGAGAACACAGUAAACACUGUGGUCGCAGCAGACCAGAGUAAACAUUAUAACAUGCUGUACAGUGCACCUGCUUCUCCUUUUGGUGUUGAGUCUCUCAAGCGCUUCACAGUGUUUUGCCUGCUCAUUUUCCAGAAACGUUGACAUGCUCAAACACCUGACACCUACGACCCCUGCUGGUUUAGUUAUUAGGAAAACUCCAUGGGGCUCUGGAAUAGAUCCGCCAACCCAUGCUGUCAGUGACCUGGGACCAUGUUAUGAAGACCGAUAAGAAAGGACUGGAAUCUUAUUGUUUAUCAACUUUCUGUCUGUGAAUCUGGGCCCCUGACGGCAUUCACUCACUCAUAACGACACGCACAAAAACAUGAAAUUAAACAUAUACAUUGACGUGGGCCAGCCUGACUUAAAUAAAAAGCCCACAAGAGCGCAAAAGGAGCUGGCUAGUCAUGUGAGGGAACAGUUAUCCUAUUAUUCCCAAUAAUUCCCCCUCACAGGACACUUCAUCAGCUUUAAUCCUACAAAAUCCACCCCAGCUAAUCCCUGACAGGUUGGCUGAUAUUUUGUCUUUCAUCUAUCUUAACACCCCCCACCCCCAAACUUUCAUUUGUUUCACUCUCUGCAAACGGUAUCUGCUAGGAUGGAGUGUCUUACUGAAUUUUCAAUCAGUAUAAUCUAAAUCUUUCUUCAUUAUGUCAACAUAUAUGUAUGUUUUGAGUCUGUGUGCAUGUGUGAGAGUGUGUGUAUCAAAUGUCUGUGUUAAGCUGCGACAAGUCAGAACCAACUCAAGGCCAGAAAUGCUGUGAACCAUCGUAGUUUAUGUGGAUACCUGCUGGAUAUCUUUAAUGUAUUCUGAAAAGGCUCUCUAGCUGUUUUCGUAGCCUUCACCUCUUGAGAUUUGUAACCCCUUUAUGUGUUUUAUAGCAUCUCCCUGAACAUGUUGUCAGUUAAGGAUGAAUUUAAGGUAGAAUUUGACUGGGGACAGUAUAUUAAACGUGGGAUAUAUCCAUUAUUUAAGCUUAAUUUGAACUUAGUAGUAAGCAUUUCCAUAGGGAGACAUGUCUCCGCUUGACUAUACCCCUACUUAUAACAAGUAUAUGUCACUGGCUUUGAUUAAUACCACUAAGUUUGUAUACUGUAAAGAACAAUGUUAAAACAAAUGUACACUAGCAAUUGAAAGUAUUAAUGACUAACAACAAAUAGCAAAGGGACAGGCUUUGUUUUUUAAUGGUUCAGUCCACAUGCACCUUAACAUGAUAUAUUGUGCUGUAUAAUCAACAAAUUGCCAUGGAAAAGAAAUAAACCUUCUUCUGGGUCAAUGACCCCUGGAGCUGUCAGUAACACACCCACAUGCGCACAAAAAAAAUCAGACAAAUAAUCAACAUCAAAAUGUUUUUUCAGCCACCAUGACAGAUCUGCAGGCAGACCAUGGUGUUGACACUCAUCAAGGUUUUUUAUACAUCAACAGCAGCACACAGUCUUCGUUUGACCAGGAAAGACACUCAAGCCCAUGCGUCUGUUCCUGACUGCUGCUUUGCCCGAUAGUUACUCAGUCUCCUUUUGACCUGUCAGCACAAUAUUUCUGCUUUGUCAGUGAGAAGUGUUUUAUCAGUCCAUCUGUGUGACCACUCCGUGACCAGCCCCCUGUCCCAUGUUUUAAAUUGUCCUCCCAGCAUUGCUGCAAAGUCCAACUCUGCAGUAGUCUCCUUCUUCUCAUCUCAUCCACCUCACCGGCAGAACGUGUUCUGUCAACAGUUAAUAAGCCUUUGUGCUGAAAGACGUCCACAGAGGCUUGCUAGCAGAAAUGCAUUUGUCUGCUCAUGCUGUUUUAAAUCAGGGUUUAGUGGAGUACAAGGAAAGAUGCUGGUUAACAUGACUGAUUGUACAAUGCAGUCUAAAGUAAAAACCACGAGGGGACGACAAGAUUUAGUCAAGCCGUCUUAUUCAUCUUUGCUAUGUGGGCAAUUUAUGUAAGAACUACUUUCUUUGUCUUCUGCCAAAUAAAGCUUCCUACAGUCCUGGUGGCUAAAUGCCAGAAGACAGGCUUUAGUUUGAAGUAUUUCUGAGAUUAUUUAUUGUUGGCCAACCCACACUUUGUAAAAUCUCCAGGACUUUGGAAAGUGAAGUGAAGUGAUAGAUGAGUGGUAGCCUGUAAAGCAAGAAAUAAACUCAAAUACCAUACUGAGUCAGUAAGUUGCCUGUUAUUACACCUAUCUGGAGGUGUGAUUCACUCUGUUUCUCCUCCAUCGUUUCUGUUUUUAUUUGGCUUGGGCACAGAUAACCAAAGCUGAAAAGCAGAAAAGCAAACUGAACUCAUUUCACUGAGUGGAACUUGUUAGCAUUAGAGCCCUCUCAUGUGUCCAACAACCUUUUGUUUUGCAGGAGACAGAGGUCCCCCCUUGUUGGUGCAGGAGUGCAUAUGGCCUUCCACUUAGAAAGGGGGUUAUUGUUGAGCGAUACUGUAGCUGGAAUUAGGUGAGGAGGUGAAAUAUGACACAAAGGGGAAGGCUCCCUUUCCAUCCGGCCCUUAAGCUGCCAUCCUGUCCCCCCACAGAUGGCAGGCCAGCAGGCGCAUCACUUUACCUCAGCCUGUCAACAGUCCUGUUGUUCUGAGCUUUGUGCGUGCAGACAAAAGGGACCGGAGAGAGCUGUGGGAGGCCAGUAUGCUGCAGUAAUGAGCUGGAACCAGUAGCUGUCGUAGUAGAGAGGGCCUGUGGUUCCACUUGGUCCUUAGGAUAAAUCUGCACUUUUCUUUGAUUUUAAGUUUUCGCUUUCUAUCUUUUUGCUGUUGUUUCUCGUGAUCUAUGAUUUGAAAGCUUUGCUGUAAAUGAGCUGUGCCCAUUACCACACAGCGGUUAACAAACCAUAGGGCUGUAAAGUUUAUGUAUCUUUACUCAUGCAUGACAAGUUGUUUGAGUUGAAUCCUCCAUGUCAACGCUCAUCUAGUGACGGAAAAGGGCACACUAGACACGCAGGUGUUUUUAUGACUGACGGGCCUCCAACAUCAGUAUGAGCUUAUGACAGUAGGCCAAAUCUUCCCUUUGUAAUGAUAAUUUGAAUCUAUUGUGUGCUGCAAUUUUCUGUAAAGCCAGUCAAUCUCUCUUUAAAACUAGCAGCUAUAGUGUUUUAAAACAAAAGGAUUGUUGUGUACUGUAUCCUUUAAAGUAAAUGCCCUGUUUUACUUUCCUCUUUCCGUGUCUUUCUUUAAGAGAAGAGAAACAGAAGACACUGUUUUGAUGUUGAUUGUUUAAGUACAAGAAAGUAACGUGGGAGAGAAUCAGCAUUUUUCUCUAAAAGGCAUUAACUGCUCUUGAAGUGUUACAAACCUUUUAUAUAUAAAACAUUAUUUAUCAUUUAUCCUUUUAUUUGCAGAAAAGCUGCCCCAAAUUUUAUUUUUGCCUUUUGUAUUGAACGCCCAUUAUAAUGGAUCAUAUGACUUCAUUUUAUGAACAAAUGUUUUUUUUCUCUUAUGCUUUUGUUCUGAUACACUUUACCUUGUUGUCCUUGAUUUUCACUUUGUGAUUUAUUUCUUUUGUGAGAAUAGUUUCUUUGCUGUAGUGAAACUGCUAUGAAUGUGAAUAUCUCUUGGCAAAAUAAAUGCAAUUACAAUGCAACUUCAACCUAA